GUGGAGAAGUGAGGGUGUGCAUCUUCAAACCGCUUCAAGACGUAGCUGAUAUCUGCUCUAGUUAGACUUUAAAAUACCUAUUCGAUAAAUCCUAGAGUGUCACGUGUUUGCUAUCUACUCUGUGAUUUAUUAUAGCUGUGCUACUGUUUGUUACAGUUUAUUUGUGGGUCGUACACGUUGUGCUUGCAACCUUUCGUAGGCUACCUACCCUAGGCUAUAGGUAGUUGCUAGCUACCUACUAAAUUAGUACCUAAUCGUGGGAGUGUUGCAACACAGGGCUCUGCAAAACGAACCUAUGCGAAGUAUUCAAUCCACUAAUAAUACGAGCGGUUGAUUAUAAAUGCAGACAAUUCGUUUACUCUAAUCAAACAUCCUACUUGUGAUCUAUUCAGUCCCUACUGCCGAGAAGUUAAGUUCCUCGCCCGUAGUUUUUGAAGUAUGCAGCCUGCUUACCGGAGUGGACCUUGCCGUAUCUCUACUUAGUCUUAGAUCUUCGCUUUGGACCAGCAUCUGCCCUGUCUGCCAGACGGCCGAUGAUGUGUGCCCUGUAUCGCUGUGGGGCGUAGGGGCGACGCAGCGGCUAUAGACAAGAGCUCCACCGUCAGGUAUGGUGGCGGUGAUGAUCGGCACCUGUGGUUCCGGCGCACGCAAUAAAUUUUGUGCGUCCUUUUUGGGGGAGGGGGCGGCGGUGUCCCGCCCUCCCCCAACCCCCGCAUUCGUUUCAUCCCUUCGUGGUUGUCAUCAAUCGUCAGCCACCAGCUUUGGUUCAUCUUCGUCUGCAUCACGAGACUGGACUGUGGUGAACGCUCGUAAGAAUUUACCCACCGGUAUGGAAUCUGAUCGCGUUGAAUAUUUGGGGCGAGAAUCUGCCUCGCUCUCUCCGCAAGGCAGCAACUCUGCGCUCUCGCCUUCUUAUUUUGAUAACCCAACGUCGCCCAUAAGCCCCGGCGAAGGCCGUCGAGGUGAGCUGAAGCAGUGCGGAGUCUGUGGUGACGUGGCCAAGAGUAACCACUUUGGUGGCCGCUCCUGUGACUCGUGCAAGGCCUUCUUCAGACGGUCCGUUCAGAACAACGCUUAUCGCGGCUUCAAUUGUCCUUACGAGAAGAAAUGUGUCAUCGCCAAAACUUCCAGGAAAGCUUGCCAGUAUUGCAGGUUUCACAAAUGUUUGGCCAUCGGAAUGGAGAAAAGUUGGGUUAUGAGUGAGGCUGAACGCCGUAAGAUGAUGGAACAACGACAGGAACGACGAAUUGCUGCCGCUCUUCAGCAACAACAGCAACAACCUCAACAACUGCAGUCAACAACACAACCUCUUAUCGUGGUAGCUCCUGCUGUAGCAUCUGCCUCGAUCCAGGGCCCUGGUCCAACGAUGAAUUUGGUCGAAGAAUUUGUUCUAUCUGAUGAAAUGAAGUCUGAAAUAGAACACAUUGAAGAAUUCUACAAGCAGUCUUACAAAGCCAAUCCAUACUCAACGGAUAUUAUGACUGCUAAAGGUUCCAAGGGAGUACUUGAAACUUGGAUGCAAUUCUGCAAGAAAAUUGGGCAUUUCUUUUCACUCUUUGAAGACUUCUCGUCGCUGUGUCAAGAAGACCAGGCGGUCUUGUUACAGACUGCCAUGACCUCAGCGGGCAUCAUAAUGGGCUCAGUGACUUACGAGUCCUGGAUUGGGAAACGAAAAGGUGGAGCGGCUGGUCCAUCAAUUCCUAAAGUUUCAUUCGAUAACAUUGAGAAGCUGGUGCCUGGCGAUCUUUUAUACCGUGUCAAAACAUUUUUCAAAAAAUUUCAGACUAUUUGUCCUGACCAAACCAUGGCUAAAAUAUUGAUGCUUGUGUCCUUGUAUUCUCCCGAGAUGGCAGGAUUGAAGGACGAAACAAAAGUACAAACUCUGCAGGAACAUUAUAUUAAUAUUUUGAGCGAUUAUCUGAAGUACAAAUUCGGUGCUAAAGCCGGUCGGAUGUUUGCAAACGCACUCGUAUCGCUGGCAGACGUCAGGGAGUUGGCAGAACGGUCUCUGGCGUUAGAAAUAAAACAUUCAACUACAGCUCACAUUGAGUUAGCGAGCUCGGACUCGAGCAGUGGUGGCAACAGCAGCGCUCGUCGAGGUAGCGGUGGUGGAGGCCUUGAGAGACCAGGGAUGGGCGAAGGCAGCGGCGCGAGCGGAAGCACAGGAGACUUCAACCACCCAUCAGGAGGAGCUGGUGGCUCGGAAGGAGCGGGCAACAGAGAGUUUGAUGGUGUGGGAGGCCGAGGUGCUAGUUGCAAUCUUAGUGUUAUGAAUGAUCCGCCUGCAUACUCGAGUUUUAAUGAUAAUUUGUUCUUGGCUCCUUCACCUGCUUACGAUUCUGUCUUGAGUGACAGUCCUAUGGACUGCGAUAAUGGAAGCGAACUUCAGCCGACUACAGUUAAGAACAGAAGUUCUCCCAGCAGCCAAGAUCGCCUCGCUCAGCGACAGCAAAGAAUACAGGAGCUAAUCUCGAGCAUUCCUCCACCGGCUAUUAUGAAGAUUAUCUACCAUAUGUCUGAAGAUCUUGACAUUGAAGCGAAGAAAACUAAUUGUGGCAUUGAAUUCCUUAGAAAAAAUCGUUCGAAUGGCUUUCCCUUUGUGCACAGUAAAACUUCGAACUCUUCUAAGAAGUCAAACACCCAAGUUGAAAUCAAAACGGAAAACCCUUUCAAUUCUAGUUUCGAUAGUUUCAACCAGAAAUCAAUAUCGGAAGUAUAUAUCAAAGAAGAGAAAAUGGAAUUAGAAACUGAAGACACUGUAGACUUCGAUGCUCUUAAGUUACUUACCAAGGGUUUGGAUGUUAUUAAUCCUGAGAUAGACUAUAUGAACGAUGGUAAUUUCUUAACUUCUCAACGGCACAUCGCGUUCGAAGGAAAUUCUAAUAUGAGCGAGAACUCUCAGAAUUCUCAUGACAGUAUGUACGAUUCCUCUUAUUCUAGGAAUCGAAACAGCUCCGUGGUUCAUCCGCAAGAGCAGCACCAAAAACUGCAAGUACAAUCCCGCACGUCAGACAAGGGCUUCUCUGCCAUGUUAGCAAAUCCAUCCCUGCACGGUUCAGAUCUCGGUACUGACCGUUGUCCACGGACCAGACGAUCCAUGUCUCCUUUAAAUUAUCCGCUCGCGACGACGAGUGCGGAUGUUACAGUAAACGGUCCUCCUCAAGGCCCUAGUGUUUACGAUUCUAGUCUUGCUCUAGUUCCUUCAUCUCGAUCUGACGACGACAACCGAUGUCGAAACGUUGACGGUUGCCCUAGUCCUCAGCUACCUUUCAGUAAUCAUUUCGCCUCCACCCAGGGGCGAGUUACAAACGACAAGUCAGCAAAUUUUCCCAGUGGGUCUUUUACAAACUGCCACCCGCCAAAUAACCAAGUACAUCCCACUGAUGCCACAAGACGAUUUCCAGUUAAUAUCCACCAUCCAGUAAACUCGGUCUGCGAUGUAAGGACCGCACCCGUUUCUGCAUCUCUGCCUGUUGCUUCGUCCAAUGUCGGUUCAUUCUCUAAUUAUGAUGAAAGUUAUUCACAAUGCUCCACCCAAACGCACUCCCCGAAUUCCUUUUCUUACUCAGAUGGGAAAGAUUACUUACCUCAACAAGGCCAUUGUUACUCAUCUGUGCAGAAACAAAUUAUGAGUAUGAGCCUGAACUCACCCAGUUCUUCCUCAGAGAAUGGCAGCGGACCAGGAAACCCUGCUAAUCACAUGACACAUGUGCGAGGCUACGUAACUCGUUUCCCCGUUGGCGUCCAGCCAGGGUCGUCUUUGAUACACGUGGGCCACUCUACUUCACACCCCAGUGACCCUCAUGAACGUUUACCUGAUUUCUCUCCCAACAAAAGUCAACAAACGAGGAUUGACGCAUCGUAUGUAUCAUCUGAUGCGCCGUGUCCAACACCCUAUUUACCGUGCUCUCCAGCAACGCCUUCGCCCUGCCCUUCGGUGUCGUCCGUGCGGUCGUCAUCAUCGAACAGCUCAUCUGAAAACUCCUCAGACUUUUUCGAAAAGAGCCUUUACAAUUUGCCUCUUAACCUCUCCAGUCUCUCUGAUGUCGAAACUUCCGUUCUCCAGAAAUUUUUCGAACGUAUUAGUGCCAUCAUGGGAACACCUCGAAAUGCUGGUAAAAAAUGGAAUAGUGAAGAUAUUUUGCCUAAAUCUUUUUUGGAAAUGCUACAGGCCGAGCUUGAAUCUGAACGGAAGUGAAGUGCGUUCGUAAUUUCAUCAGUAAGAAUGUAAAAUACAUGAUUUUAAUUUCGUAAAUCAAUGGUCAGGAAACACUGUAAGCGAAUGGUUGAAAGGACGAACGGAUAAUCAAUUUUAUACCUUGAAUUGUUAUUUUUUUAAAGUACGGCAAUUUAAACAUUUUGUGAAAUUUGUAACAAUGAAUCAUAAGGUUCAUCCGGUAGUAGUUAUUCACGGAGUAGCGUCCGAACUGAAAGCGAAUGUCAAACGUAAUUAAAUUAAGGUUAUUUAGUAGAAUUAUUUUCAGGUAAAGUGGGGCUGAAUCGAUGUUUCGUUGUUUCUUAAGACUAAUUUAGUGUAAGGUUGAAAGACCAGAAACGUUAUUUUGGCAUGCAGCGAUACUAUUUAGAAAUUGCGCAUCGUAAAAUUUAUCAAAGUACCUGUUAAGAAUUAGAUAUUUCUGUUUUGAGAAAUAUCUUGGGAGUAAACGUUUAUUUUUAUGUGUAAAGUGGAACUGUAAUUAGUAAUUGUGAUACCUCAAGGCUCUCGCCUCUUGUAAGCUUACUUUUAUUUGUUUAAUUUUAGAAUCGAUUUAUGCAUGGCUGCUAAAUUUUGCUUUAGUUUCUUACUGUUGUUGUCACUCCUUAUUUGUGUGUACAGGUUCAUCACGUAAUACGGUUUUGGAAUAAUAAUAGACCUGUGUUAUUUUUCUAUCAUAGUAAUAAUACAUGUAAAUCCCAGUCAAUUAUCAUAAUGAUAUCAUUCACCUGGUUGAUGAUACAUCUUUGAUUCUUUCAAUCAAAGUUGACAUUUGAAAAGAGCUGCCUCGCGACCAUUUACUUUGAAACUCAUCGACCUUGCUUAUCUACGUUACUCGAUGUUAUGCUACCAAUUGCUCAACGUGUUAUUUUUCUGGGUGAAGUUCAUGAGGCGCGAGGUAAUGUUUGUGUCGAGCGGUAGAAAUAAAUCUGAGGAACCGAUGUUCUUCGUUGUUUAAUUAGGGAACUGCUUCUACAUUGUCUGUUAAGAGUAUUGUAUAAUAACUAUCAUUAAUUUCUUGUUGAUUAGGCUCUAUUCCCUAUUAAAAAUAGGCGAGAAUUUUUACAUUUGAGUUUGUUUAUUUCUGUUGUGUUGUUAUUGUGUAUUCUAUCAGAUAAUCAUUUAGAUAUCUCGGCAUUGGUAAUAAGGGUUCGAUCUUGAAGGUUAAUUUCACAUUAAAUUGAUUUGAAUUUAUACGAGAGAGGUUCUCGUGAAUUUUGAUUCGUUGUACAUUUGAAAUUGAAAAUCACUUUCAAUAUUGACGUUUUUAAGAGUGCAAUGUUCAACAAUCUCGUAUGCCCUUCAAUCGAGAAACAACCGGUAGCCGUGUGAGGGAAAGCCUAGUGCCAUCUUUCGAAGUGGCUAUGCAACCAAAGAAUAUGUAUUCACUUCUCCCAUGAAGACUUGGUGAGAAUAUCUGCUUGCAGAAAAAGACGAGCUGCAGCUUUUUGUGAUGAGGUUUUUGAUGAUAGUUUCUUAUUGGUGCAUUAGUAACGGGUGUCUUCAAAUGCGACGUCACUGAAAUUACACGGAACUUUAACUUUUCUUGAAGCUUUUUCGGCAAGAUAGGAAUUUCAUUGCAAACUCGAGAUAUUCUUUCAUUCUUGUCACAGUCGCUAUACAACUGAACUCGACAUUUCCAUUCACGAUACAAUAUUUCUGUAAUAAUGGUCGAUAUAUUAAAUCACUUUUUUUAUUUUACUUAUAUAUAAUGAAUGCCAAAAUUGUCUGCUCAUUUCAACAAAAAGCCUAGGCUCAUUUUUUUUUUUUUGAAUUUGUGAUCCUUGAUAAUUGAAAAUAUUUGCAUCAUCUUGGAGCGUUGCGUGGGGUGUAAAUGCACGUUCUUGCACCUGGGGCCAUACUUUCAAAAAAAGUUUAGAGAUCGUAAGUUCAUCAGC